AUGCCCUUCGGCUUGAAGAAUGCUGGUGCGACUUACCAGCGAAUGGUCACCAAAAUGUUCAAGGACCAGCUCGGUAAAACCAUGGAAGCAUACAUUGAUGACAUGGUCGUCAAAAGCAAGUUGGUCGAGCACCAUCUGAGGGACCUUGAGCAAGUGUUUGGAAUUCUGAAGACUCACAAGCUUCGACUGAACACCUUAAAAUGUGCCUUUGGAGUAGGAUCAGGGAAGUUCUUGGGGUAUAUGGUGACUAGGUGGGGCAUUGAAGCCAACCCUGACCAAAUCAAAGCCCUCCAAGACCUCAAAGCGCCUACAAACGCUAAGGAACUCCAGAAACUUGCUGGCAUGGCUGCAGCACUUAACCGUUUCAUUAGUCGCCAGUGCUCCGAAGCACUAGAAGAUUUGAAGAAGUAUUUGUCCUCUCCUCCCCUUCUAUCUACACCUAUUGCCAACGAAGAGCUUUUCCUUUACUUGGCUGUUUCUGAUCAUGCUGUUAGUGCAGUGCUAGUCAGAGAGGAUGGAAAGGAGCAAAAACCAGUGUAUUAUGUUAGCAAGACACUCUUAGAUGCCGAAACUAGAUACUUGCUAUUGGAGAAAUUGGCAUAUGCACUAUUAAUUGCCUCUAGGAAGCUUGUUCACUACUUUCAAGGACAUACCAUCAACGUCCUCACUGAAUUCCCCCUCAAGUCGGUGUUCAAUCGAGCAGAUUUCUCAGGUCGAACAGCAAAGUGGGCGGUGGAGCUUGGAGAGUUUGAUAUCAAGUUCCAACCUCGAACAGCAAUCAAAGCUCAAGUCCUGGCAGACUUUUUUGCAGAAUUCACCCCGGGACCAGCUGUUCCCUUCGAAGGGAGCUCGGCUUUGGUCACCAUGACUGCCCAGCAUAAAGGGCAAUCCCCAGCCGAGGCAUGGAAACUUUUUGUUGGAGACAAAGCUUCUAACAAUGAGGCAGAGUAUGAAGCUCUACUAGCCGGCCUGCGAAGUGCCGAACACUUCAACGUGGAGGAGCUACUCAUCUUUAGUGAUUCCCAAUUAGUGGUCAACCAACUCUUUGAAGUUUACGAGGCUCGCGAUGAGCGGACGGCCACUUAUGCAGAACAGGCCAAAAAUUUGAUCAAAAAGUUCCAAGCCAUCAGAGUCGAGAAGAUUGGCCGCGAGGGAAAUGGUCGUGCUGACGCUUUAGCUUGCCUGGGUUCCUCGGUCAACUCCAGGGACGGCCGCAAAAUAUGGGUGGAAUAUGUACCCCAACCAAGUAUUCAACUAGUUGAAAUAGUACUUUGCACUGACUUGGGCCCAAGUUGGAUGGACCCACUCUUGGCCAUUUUGAAGAAUGGCACCCUUCUUGAGGACAAAAAAGAAGCGCACAAGACAAGGCAUAGAGCUGCUCGGUUUUGGGUCUCCUCAUCUGGCAAGCUUUACAAGAAGUCCUACAUGGGCCCUUAUCUACUCUGUGUUCAUCCAAGUCUGGUGGAAGAUGUGCUUUAUGAGAUCCAUGAUGGAAUUUGUGGUAGUCACACUGGUGGUCGGUCCUUGCUAGCCAAAGCUCUAACCCCCCUCACUAGUCCUUGGCCAUUCGCUCAGUGGGGCUUAGACAUUGUUGGACCAUUAGCUAGGGGAACUGGGAAUAAAAGAUUCUUCAUCGCUGCAACUGACUACUUCACCAAGUGGGUGGAGGUGGAGGCCUUGUGCAAGAUCAAAGAAGCAGACACUAAGAGGUUUGUUUGGCGCAAUGUUGUGACUCGAUUUGGCAUUCCCAGAGUCCUUCUCUUUGACAACGGUACACAAUUUGAUGGCAAGAUCUUCAGGAGAUUUUGCGCUGACUUGAAGAUAGAGUUCCGAAACUCCACUCCGGCCUACCCACAGGGCAAUGGCCAAGCUGAAGCAUCCAAUAAGACGAUCAUUGAGGAGAUAAAAAAGCAUCUUGAAAAAGCCAAGGGUAAAUGGGUGGAAGAGAUACCGAAUGUCCUCUGGGCUUACCAAACUACUCCUCGUCGGUCAACCGGUGAGACACCUUACUCUCUUACCUAUGGGAUGGAAGCAGUCAUCCCUUUGGAGGUUGGCCUUCCUACCAUCCGUUCUGAGAUCUUUGAGCCAGCAGACAAUGAUGAAGCCAUCGCCCAAGCUCUAGACAUAGCCGAGGAACGUAGGGAAGCUGCCCUCAUUCGAUUGGCAGCUUACCAGCAGCAACUCAUUAAGAGUUUCAACAAGAAUGUGCGUCCAUGGCAAUUCCUACCAGGUGACUUGGUACUCAGGAAGGUUAUGGAUCACAAGAAAGUUCCUGGAGAAGGGAAACUCGGUGCUAACUGGGAGGGGCCUUACAGGGUUACUUCAGCACUUGGCAAUGACGCAUACUAUCUGGCUGACUUAUCAGGGAAGGCAAUCCCUAGACCAUGGAACGUCGCCAACCUAAAGAAGUACUUCCAGUGA